UUGCAGCUCAGCCGUCACACCGUCCUGAGAGCUCUUCUCAUCUGCUCUGGUUAAAGCCCAAGACUGUUUUUCUUUUUUUUUCUUUUCUUUUGCUCUUUUUAUGGCUUAUGAGACUGUGGCUGACAUCAAUGACGAACCACAAUAGGACGCACCUUUUGGAAACUUCCACAACCUGUCCACACCUUUCUCAAAGGUCGCCGACCCCUGCAAAGGAUUUAAACCACUUGGACUUCUCUCUGUCUAUGUUUGUGAAUUUUCACGAGUCAAAUGAGAAUUUUCGGCAAGUGAAGAGAUGGCAAAGAUGCAAGGACUCUAUGUAGUACUACUGACAGCUCUAGCCUUGUGGAAAUAUUGCCUGGCAGAAUGGAACGGUACCGACGCGUCGUCCAACCGAACCACAUCCGCAUGUCAGCUUCAUGGCAAGAAAGACAACUGCACAGCAGGACAAGACACGGGACAGUGGGACGGCCACUUCACGAAAUGUCCUGAGAGCCUGUCACAUUACUGUGUCCACGGAGAGUGUCGUUACAUUAAGGAACAGGAGACGCCAUCCUGCAGGUGUCAGAGCCAAUACUACGGAGCCAGGUGUGAGUAUGUGAGCUUGGACUGGUUGAAAGGAGACGGACAAGGCAUCCUGAUAGGCUGCACCAUUGCGGGGCUUCUGUUCUUGAUUUUCCUCAUUGUUUCCAUCUGCGUCUGUUCACAUCGCAGGAAAGGACGGAGAAGAAGACGGGCGAAGGAGACAAAAAACGGGACAGAGAAGGACAACAUGCUGAGCACGAGUACAUCAAAGACGACGGACUCCACAGAGAUGACACGUGUCCAGGACAGCAUCGGGGGCCCCUAACGAAUACCACUUCCAGAGUGGCCCCUGUCAACCUGUGGUAGGAGCUCGGAAGCUCCGCCUCCUCCUUUUUAAAGUGCUGCCGGGUCUGAAACAUUAAACAGGCCUCUGGAACGAGAGGAAGAUGCCCUCCUGGAUUUACGACAAAUAUGAAGUGGGGAGGAGUGUUCAGUUGCCCUGGUGCUGGAGAGGAGGCUUUUGUUUUGAAAGCUGUGGAGCAACAGACAUGGCCUUUCACCGGGCGCCGCUGAUCACGCAGCACUAAAUAAAUUGUUGCUAUGUUGGAAAAAAGCUGCAAGGCCAGCUGGCAGCCAGUGAUAACAGUCAGUCAGGUUGGCCUGCAACUGGCAACUGUGGGAGACACGUUUACACUGCCAGAUGAGAGGAGAGCCUUUGUGCUUCUAGGGAAAUCGAGCGACAUACAUCAACCUUUAAACAGACCGUAAUGCCAAACCUCAGUGCUACAGCCCCUGGUUUGUUUACUGUCUGACGGGCUUUUCUCUGUAAUGUCGCCGUUUCAUUAUCCGCGCCACGUUACGGCCAGUUAUCACUUUCAACUUAUCACUACAGAGUCACGUCUCCACUCAAGCUCGCAGACACUAUCAUGCACAUGACCAAUGCAAGAGAGAAACCGGUACACGUCAGAGCUACAUGAACUGCACGGCUCAAAGCGGACAAGUAGAUCUUGUGUUGUGCUUUUUUUUAUUUUUACUUUUUUUUAUUUAUAUCUGUAUAUUUGGAGCCGAGCAGCCUGGAGGCUGCGGCACAGAACAGCUGAGUCUGUGUGCACGGGCUGACAGUGCUCCCCUGUUGGAGACACUUUUUAGAGCCGCCAAACCUUCGCUGAGGUUUCGACCUGUGUCUACGUCGACAUUAACCCAGAGCCAGGUAAAUCUGCCUCUGCCAUUUAUAUCACGUAUCAUUAAACAUGCUGUCCUGUCCUGUACUUUUACUGCGGCAAGAAAUAACAUUUGAUAUUUUUUACCUCUAAA